AUGACCAGGCCUCAGAUGAUCCGAGCUGAUACCUUGGACCUUCAAGAUCACGAUACCCCUUCCGCCAAAGAUCACACCAGACAACCCGAACAUCCGGAUCCUCUUGGGAGCGGCCGGCCUGCUCCCCAUCAAGAACUGUCCAUUCGCCAUGCCGAACAAGAUUCGCAAGCGGAGAUAAAGGGCGGACCAGACAAAAAUCACGAAUACCGUGGUGACAAGGAUGUGUAUCGAGAACCAGAUGACGAGGAAGACGAUGAGGAUGAAAAUCACUACGACCAUGAAGAUGGCGACCUGGCAGACGGCGAAAGCGAUGACAUGAUGGACGAUGAUAUGAUGGACAAAAUUUCCAGCUCACCCUCUAUCGAUGAUGAGGACAUCGAUUUUGAGUUUGUAUAUGCGCUUCACAACUUCGUCGCAACGGUCGAUGGGCAAGCAAAUGCUGCAAAGGGUGAUACUAUGGUACUUCUGGACGACAGCAACAGCUACUGGUGGCUUGUGCGCGUGGUGAAGGAUGGCAGCAUUGGUUACCUCCCUGCGGAACACAUCGAAACACCAACCGAAAGGCUUGCCAGAUUAAAUAAACACAGAAACGUGGAUCUGUCUGCGACCAUGUUGGGCGACAACAACGAGAAGUCGAAGAAUCCUUUGAAGAAGGCCAUGCGCCGUCGGAAUGCGAAGACUGUCAACUUCGGGGCCCCGACGUACAUCGACGCCUCCGAUGUCGACUACUCGACGGACGAUGAUUCCGAACAUGGCGACUUUUUCAACGAUGACGAGACUCUGGAUGGAGAAGAGGAAGACGUGCAAGAGCAAGCUGAAAAUAUUGUCGUGGAACCUCUUAGGCCCAAAGCCCAGAAAGAAACCCCCACAGAGCAUGCCGAUGCCAAUGGUGCGGAGAAACCGGAUUUGCAGCGUUCAAGCUCUGAUCGACGCCCGUCUAGUGAAGAGUUCUUUGAGGCCGAAGCAGAACCCACCGUCAGUAGAUCCAGAAAUGGCACUGUACGGAACACCGAUUCCUUCUUCAAAGAUGACACGGCCGAGCCCAAGAAGAUUUCUCUCACACCAAAUCUGCUGCGCGAUAUUCGCGAUGAAAACAGCGCAAACACCUUGGCUGAGUGGAAAGAGCCUCGUGGAAGCUUGGAAUCCAUCGAAAAGGGCUCUAACUCACAGGACAAAAUCAAAGAGAGAGAGGAGAAGAAGCGAAAAGACAAGAAACCUGGAAUGCUCAGCGGGUUAUUCAAGCGCAAGAAGAGCAAAGACGACAUUGACGACCCAGAAAGGUCUCCUGCAGAGUCGGCAUUCCGCACAUCACCCCAACCCAAGACCUCGAUGGAGUCUAUCUCGUCAAAGUCUGUAUCUCCCGAACAACAACGACCCUCUAAGCCCCAGAAAACAUCGAACAACAAGCUACACAAGCAGCCCCCAGGAAUCAUGAAGGUUGAUCCAGUCCUUGACCCUACGAUGGCCGAGUUGGCCAGGGGCAACGAGGCCAUUAACCAGAGUCAGGGCAACAAGGGCAUUCGACAGGUGCCACUGCAAGAAGAAAGAGAAAGCAGCUACGAAGACUGUGGAAUUGUGUUACAAUCACCUAUUAGCCAAUCGAGCCCUUCCAAAGACCCCUUUGCUACUCCGCUCGAAUCCAUGAACCCCCUGGAGUCGCCUGUUGAUCGACCAUCAAGUGAAGCUCAAUGGAGAGAACCAAAUGAUCCGGGCCGCACAACGGCUGGACCCGCGUCCGUUACGUCUCCACCCCAGAAAUUCGUGCCUACGCUGGUGGCUGGAGAUGAGUCGGAGUCCCCUGUCAAUAUCUCUCCUGUGGAGGCUUAUUCCCCCAUGAGCGCACACGGCUCAGCAAAUAAUGCGUCUUCUCGAGAAGUACGCUCUCUCUCGCCACCGUCUCCACCAUCAUCACCCGGACAGGACGUUAAUUACCCCAAGGGUAGCACGGCUGCUCCUGCCUCAGUCGAUACGCUUUCUGUGGACACCCCAACGUGGAGCGACUCCAGUUUACGAUCGUACAUGGACGAAGAAAACGACAUUCGCGAUUUGUUUAUUAUUGUCCACGAUAAAUCAAAUGUACCUCCCGCUGGCCCUGACCACCCAAUCACCGGUCGUCUAUUCAAGGAGGAAAGCAAGAGACUCAAGGAGAUGAACAAUCAGCUGGACGACCUGCUUGUGAACUGGAUGUCACAGCGGACUAACAACUCGAACUCGACUCGUGGCAUUCAGAAUCCACCAGUAUAA